AUGGGUCUUUAUAAGCAGCACCCCGCAGGCUUGGAUGAGGUCGACGUGAUUGUCGCAGGCGGCGGUACUGCGGGCUGCAUUGUCGCUUCGCGCCUGGCCUCUGCCGACCGCAACCUAUCUGUCCUUGUCAUCGAGGGCGGCAUGAACAACUACCAAGAUCCGACCAUUGUCAACAUUGGUCUCUUCUUCCCACAUAUAAUGCCUGGCAGUAAAACGACACUGUUCUGCCCGGCCAAGCCUUCCGAGCAUCUCGCCGGCCGCGCGCUGACUAUUCCCUGCGGCGGCGUGCUGGGUGGUGGAUCGUCCAUCAACAUGGCCAUGUACAGCCGCGCGCACCGCUCCGAUUUUGACGCAUGGAACAUGCCAGGUUGGUCAGCAGACGAGAUGCUUCCGUAUCUGAGAAAGCUCGAGACGUAUCAUGGUAAAGGCUCUGCUGACAUCCAUGGGCAAGACGGCCCUGUGCACAUCUCUCGCGGAACGUGGAACGGUGGUGCUUCCGAGGACAACUUCAUGGCCGCCACCACCAAAGCCGGAUAUCCCGAGAUCGACGAUGUGCAGUCCCUCAGUGCCAUCAACGCGUUUGGCCGAGCCAACCGUUACGUUUCGACAGACGGGCGUCGUCAGGACACGGCGCACACCUACCUGCAUCCCCGCUUACACGACGGAAAGCAUCCCAACUUACAUGUCGUUGUCGAGUCGCAGGUCAGCCGUGUUAUUGUUAGAGACGGACGAGCGGUCGGCGUUGUUUUCAGGCCGAACCCCGCGUUCCAUCCCACGGUUGCAGGCGAAAUCACGGUGCGCGCACGGAAGCUCGUGAUUGUGUCAUGCGGUGCACUCGGAACCCCCGCUGUGCUUGAGCGCUCGGGGAUCGGUCAUCCAGAGGUCCUUGCCAAGGCUGACCUACCCGUAGUGGCAGAGAACUUGGGUGUCGGUGUUGGAUACGAGGAUCACCAGCUCAUGGGCUCCGCUUACAAGACCAACCUCGGCCCGCGGGAUACGCUGAGCGACAUGAUGUUUGGCCUGUUGAGCCCAGAGAUGAUUUUUGAAGAGUGGCCAGAGAUCCUUGGGUACAACGGGCAGGACGCUACUGGCAAGCUGCGCCCGACUGAUGAAGAGGCAGCUGCUCUAGGCCCCGAGUUCGAAGCGGCGUGGAAUGCAGACUUCAAGAACAAGCCCGACAAGCCUGUCGUGUGCAUGACACUGCUCAAUACCAUCCCAGGCAUUCCUGGCGAAGGAGUCGUCCCGGGCCAGUAUCUCGGGCUAACCGCCUUUGUCCUGCACCCUUACUCGCGCGGCCACGUUCACAUCACCGGUCCAAGUAUCGACGAUCCUCUGGACUUUGACACUGGCUUCCUCAGCGACGAAAAGGGCCUUGAUGUGAAGCAGCACGUGUGGGCGUACAAGAAGCAGCGGGAGAUCAUGCGCCGCAUGGACUGCUUCCGCGGCGAGGUGGGACCGUGGCAUCCCGCCUUUGCCGCUGAUUCGGCCGCUGUCGUGACAGAAACCGACGGACCCUUGCCUGCGAAUAUAGACAAUAUCGUAUAUUCCGAGGAAGACGACAGGGCCAUUGCGGAGUUUGUGCGCCGGCGAGCCGACACGACGUGGCACUCUAUGGGAACGUGCAAGAUGAAGCCUCGGGAGCAAGGUGGCGCGGUGGAUGUCGCGCUGAAUGUUUAUGGCGUGGAGGGUUUGAAGAUUGCCGAUCUCAGCAUCGCCCCGGACAAUGUAAGUGGCAAUACAAACAACACGGCGUUGGCGAUUGGCGAGCGAGCUGCGGACAUGUUUAUCUCGGAGCUUGGCCUGGCCGCGUAG